AUGAAGAGCGACGAUUGUCUUUAUAUAUCCGAUAUUUUUGGAGACGUCUGGGGAUCUGGGAUGUCAAGGUUGGGGUUUGCGGGGACCCCGGACGACAAGUUUAGUUGGUCCCGCGGGACAAAGAAUAUACAAAAGUUGGCUAUAUUGACCAAGACGGGAGAGAAGUCUGAGCAUCCAGUGGCGAGCUUCCAAGACGAAUAG